GCCUAAGCAGUAAAAUUUAACUAUGGUAUAGUCGAAUGUUGGGCGAAUUUAUACUCCUACUGUACUAGUAUAUUUAUUUAUUUGCUCUUGUCAUCAUCAUCAAGCUCACAAAAAUCACAGUCCAGAACGUCGGACGUAUUAAAGCAACUGUGUGUUUAAUAUUCCCGACAAAUUCCUAAAUGCAAACCCUAGUUUGGAGACCUUGUCUGGUAAACCUACUAGCGAAGCUAUCUCCAUCUUCCCGGCAAAAGGCAAUCACCUUUUCUCUCCGACCCCGAGCUUUCUCUUCUUCAUCUUCUUCCGAUUACACCAGUCAGUCUCGCGGCCGUCUCCCCCGGUUCUACUCCGAAACCCUCCCCGCUUCCAGGGGUGGAAUUGUCCGUGUUCAAGGCGACGAGUUCUGGCAUAUGACAAAAGUCCUCCGAUUAAACAUCAACGACAGGAUAGAGCUCUUUGAUGGCAAAGGGGGUCUUGUUGAAGGACACAUACAGAAUAUUGAUCGCACAGGAGUUGAUUUUGUGGCAGCGGAGAAGGCAAAGUUAGUAUCUCCUCUGGCCCCACAAUGGCAUGUCUUUGCUGCUUUUGGAACUUUAAAGGGAGGUCGAGCUGAUUGGCUUGUAGAGAAAUGCACAGAACUGGGAGCUAGCAGUGUGACGCCUUUGUUGACUGAGCGUUCUCCAUCCAUUUCAGAUAACCGAUUUGACAGAUUAGAACGUGUUAUUCUUGCUGCAUCGAAACAAUGUCAAAGGCUGCAUGAAAUGACUUUGAACUCUCCUGUGAAGAUUGGUGGAGUUUUGCCCCUUGUUCGUCAAUCAAAACUAUCAUUCGUAGCUGUUGCGGAGGCUACUCCUGUUUUUGGUGCUUUGAGUACCUUAAGAAAAGAGUCAACUGGGCUAAUGAUAAUUGGACCUGAAGGAGACUUCACUGAGACAGAGUUGAGAAUGAUUGUCGAGGCUGGUGCGACUGCAGUUGGUCUUGGUCCACAUCGCCUACGUGUUGAAACUGCUACUAUUGCUUUUUUGUCAACUUUAAUGUUAUGGUCGACCUCUCCGGAAAAUUAAAAUAAUCAGCUAGAUUUUCAGGCAAGAGUUCCCCGCGUCCCCCCCCCCUCCCCCCUCCUAGUAUUUUUGUUCUUUCUUUUGAGCUGAGUACCGUUUCCUUCAGCGUUUCAUUUGGUUGCUUUUUAGGUAAACACUUCUCUUUUCAUCUGCAAUCUUGACUGAUCACUGGAGUGUUUGAUUUUGAUUUUACAUUUCUCAUUUACAGUUUGUUCCAGACUUCCAGUAGGUCUAGGAAAUGGUGUAUCGUCUGGAUGAUCUUCAGUAGAGCAACAGAAGCACUAAAUCUCUUUCAAUCUAAAUUUAGAAGCAUUUUUAAACCUAACCACCCCUCUCCCCCCAACUCAAAAAAAAAAAAA